AUGUCUGACGGCCUUUUAGAAUACAUACUCGUGGAUUUCAACCGAAAACUUUCCACAGCUUACGGUAUCAAAGCCAUUGAGGACAUUGAACCUACGGUGCUCAAAUGGAUAGAGUUUCUUGAAACGUUUAAGAACAUAAAUUUCAGCGAAGUUAUUCAGCUUAUGGAAAACCACCCGAAUUCUCAACAGAG